AGGCUAUUAUAGGCGGUUUAUACCAGAAUUCUCUACAAUAGGAGCACCACUUACUGACUUAGUAAAAAAAUCUGCACCCAACAUGGUCCGGUGGACUAAUGUUGCAGAGCAAGCAUUUCAGAAGUUGUCAAAUGCCUUAUGCAGUGAACCGGUGCUGGCAGUGGCAGACUUCACAAAACCUUUUGUGGUGCAGACUGAUGCUUCGGAUGUAGGCAUCGGAGCAGUCCUCUCGCAGGUAAUAAAUAAUGAAGAGCACCCAAUAAUGUACCUCAGCAGGAAAAUGCUACCGAGGGAAACCAGGUAUGCAGUAGUUGAGAAGGAAUGUCUGGCAAUCAAGUGGGCAGUGGAGGCACUGAAGUAUUACUUGAUUGGUAGGGAGUUCACUUUGGUUACGGACCAUUCUCCUCUCAAGUGGAUGAAGGAGAAUAGAGAGAAAAACGCGAGAGUAACCAGGUGGUUCCUUACACUUCAACCUUACAAGUACAAAGUGGAACAUCGUAGUGGUUCGAAGAAUGCGAAUGCUGACGGACUCUCAAGAGUACAUUGUGGAGUGAGGGGUUCCACCGAAACUAGUUGGUGGGGUAGGAAGGUCGCUAAAACCAGUAGGUUUAAGCUGGGUGGGAGGAUGUGUAAUAAAUAGGUUUAUAAUUACUAAUGUUACGAAUAUAGAACAGUGGGGGUGUCUUAUAUUGUAACAUAAAGAAUUAUAAUAUUUAGUUGAUAUGGGUUUUAACCUGAAAUAGGUGCAACUGUUAUGGUUUAUGGUUUGUUGUAACGGCAAUGGAGUGACCACUUUUGAUGGGUGGCGCUGUUUCAGAUAGAGCUAUGGGAAAUAAUAGACCUAUCUAGGAAGAGAAAGGGAACUCUGUGAUUGACCUGUGACCCGGAUCUGAAAGGUGGCCAUCUUUAAGAGGGGCAAGGGGAGUUUGCAGGGGGAGGAAGUGGUUGGAGUUAGUGAAGAGUGAGAGGGGGUUUACAGACAAGAGUUAUACAAAAGGACAUUUGUGGGGUCAAAGAGUGUCUUUUUGGACAUAAAACAAAGACUGGACCUUUGAGUGUGGAGUCUAGCCUCGAAGUCCAGUUAAACCAAAGUCUGUUGGAAAAGCUGACUGGCCAUGUGCUCAGCGCAGGAGUAACCAGAACAAGGGAACCAGAAUGGAAUAAAGGUUUCCUUGGAAGACAAUGGGUUUUGCCGAUAUCAAUCUGUCAGAGUUCGCGGGGUCAGGCUUUCAGAUUCACCACUCAAUCCUGGAGAUGUACGACAGCAGGGCAAGCAAGCCUGACAACUCCAUACUCAAGGUUGGAAUCCAGAUGCAGCUUCUGGCUGGAGACCCCUGCUUCAGAGUGCCAGCGUCUACGACCAACACAGCCACUCUGCCAGAGGUGAGGCCCUCGGUUUCAAACGCCAGCACGGAGCCCCAGGGCACCAGCAGAGACUUUGGGGGAGUCCCGAGCUCGGAUUCUCUGCUCCAGCACUUCGAGGUGUGUGGCUCCCUGUCCCCGGAGGCUGUCCCCCAGGACGUGGAGCAGCAGGAGCGUGUGGCCGUGGCAGGUCAGCUGUCUCGCGUGGGGAAGACCCGGGUAGACGCUCGAGAUGUGGUGGAGAAUCUGUGUCUCGAGAACCUGAGCCAGGAGACAGACCUGGUCCCCCCCGCGGAGGAUGGUGGUCUAGUGUUGUAUGUUGGCCCUGAUGGUCAGACUUCCCUGGGGCAAGAACACAACCCAGACAGGCAAGUCCCACGCAGGUUUAGAGUGGGGGCAUUCAAACUGCAUAAGAUGGAACGAGCCCAAUGCAGAAGAACCUCAAUGUCAGGAACUCUACUCUUACAGUGAUUAAGAAAGUUUACAAACGAGAGGAGACCAUUCAGCCCAUCUUGCUCGUUUGGUUGUUAGUAGCUUAUUGAUCCCAGAAUCUCAUCAAGCAGCUUCUUGAAGGAUCCCAGGGUGUCAGC